AUGUUGCUCCUCGCAUUGAAAUCCCUUUCAUUGCACGAGAGUUUGUACACUGAUGGCCUGGGUUACUUCCAAGAUGCAUCUCUUGCUCCAAGUCCCUCUAUCCCCACCGUUUUCCACCAACUUCAUUGCUUCUACACAAUCCGACGGGCCUAUUACACGGACAGCGAGACCUUAGAAAAUUUUGAUUUCGGCAAGAAUCGUUCUGUGCAUGUUGCGCACUGCUUCGACUAUCUGCAACAAGGCCUUACUUGUUCAGCGGAUACCACAGUGGAGCCAGCAGUGGAUGAGGAACGAGGAUUUUUGGGUACAGGAUUUAAGCGACAGUGUCGCGACUUUGAAGGACUGAAAGAAUUCGUUACAGAGGGAAGGAAUUUUGAUAAGACUGGCUUUUUGGCUUUAUCACAUCAUCAUUCUGGUUGA